AUGGCUACUCUAGGUCAAGUCAUCACCUGCAAAGCUGCGGUGGCCUGGGAACCCAACAAGCCAUUAGUGAUUGAAGAUGUUCAGGUAGCUCCACCACAAGCUGGUGAAGUUCGAAUCAAGAUAUUAUAUACUGCUCUUUGUCACACUGAUGCUUAUACAUGGAGUGGCAAGGAUCCUGAGGGACUCUUCCCUUGCAUUCUUGGUCAUGAGGCCGCUGGGGUUGUUGAGAGUGUUGGUGAAGGAGUUACUGAAGUUCAACCUGGGGACCAUGUUAUCCCUUGUUACCAAGCAGAAUGCAAGGAAUGCAAGUUCUGUAAAUCAGGAAAGACAAAUCUCUGCGGCAAAGUCCGGUCUGCUACUGGAGUUGGCGUUAUGAUGAGUGAUCGCCAGAGUCGUUUCUCAGUGAAUGGAAAACCCAUCUAUCAUUUUAUGGGAACCUCAACAUUUAGCCAGUACACUGUUGUACAUGAUGUCAGUGUUGCAAAGAUUGACCCAAGUGCACCUUUAGAUAAAGUAUGUCUGCUAGGUUGUGGUGUUCCCACUGGUCUUGGGGCAGUUUGGAAUACAGCUAAAGUUGAGGCAGGUUCAAAUGUUGCUGUCUUUGGUCUUGGGACAGUUGGCCUAGCUGUUGCAGAAGGCGCAAAAGCAGCUGGUGCAUCACGUAUAAUUGGCGUUGACAUUGACUACAAAAAGUUUGAUACAGCAAAGAAUUUUGGGGUUACAGAAUUUGUGAACCCAAAGGACCAUGAUAAACCUAUUCAGCAAGUCCUUGUUGACAUGACGGACGGUGGAGUUGACUACAGUUUCGAGUGCAUAGGUAACGUGUCCGUGAUGAGAGCUGCUCUGGAGUGUUGUCAUAAGGGUUGGGGGACAUCAGUUAUCGUGGGUGUUGCCGCAUAAAGUUGAUGCAAAGUUGCAAACUCCAAAGUGAUAAAGCUAACAAUAAAAAGGAACAGAGUUCAAUUGUUCAAAGCUCAAAAGAUAAAAGAGUGCAUUACUAUUGAGUAUUGCCUACUAUACUAAAGCCUAGUAUGUAAAUUAGUUAAAGUAACAAAGAUGAACUCAGAAAGAUAAAGCUACUGACAAUGACCCUUGGCGUCAUUACCUUGUCUAAGCCAAUAGGAAUGAAUCAUCUAUGACGAUGGAAGAAGCAGCAAGGUCACCGAAUAGCUCUGCAAGCGAAAUGAACAAUUAGAAUGAAUGAAAGGGUAGAUGAAUUUCUUGAAACAAGUAAAAUAACUCUGCAAGCGAAUGAUGAAAAUAUGGAGUUAAAGAAGCAAAAUGCUAAUCUUGGUGAAGAUUACGUUUGGACUGAUUACAUGUCAUUGCCAUUUACUCAAAAUGUGAUUAGUGAAACUCUGAGAAUGGCAAACAUAAUCAAUGGGGUCUGGAGAAAAGCUCUCAAGGAUGUUCAAAACUUUAAAUCAAAGGUUACUUGAUACCUAAGGGAUGGUGUGUGUUAGCUUCUUUUAGUUCAGUUCACAUGGAUGAAGAGAAUUAUGACAACCCUUAUGAAUUUGAUCCUUGGAGGUGGCAGCAACAGUGAUGCCGAUGAUCCACAAAGCGAAUCUGAGAGUCUGAGACUAAGCGAAGAAAAAAGAAUGGAGUCUGUCUGAGACUCUGAGAAGGAGAGAAGAGGCCGCGGAAGAGAAGGGUUCGUGAAAAAUGCGAUUAGGUUAGGUCUUUUAUUCAUCAAUUCAACGGCUGUUAUAAUUCAUUCUAGGUUAGGAUUAGAUAAUCU